GCAGGAAAGGUAAUACUAAUUACUAAAAAAAGUCAGAAUAAUACAAUUUCUUCAUCUCAUUUAAUAUAACUAAGAGGUUGAAAAAAAAAAUCUUAAUAAGGUACACGUGAUUACCUUUUUGACAAAUUUAGAAAUUAAUACAUAUAUGGUUUUAAUUGAGAUAUUCGACUGCCACGUGUUAACAUUAUAGUCUAAAUAUCUAAAUAAAUUUAUUGGUUAUCACCCGGUAGACAAAACAUGGUUAUCACCCGAGUAUUUUCUAAUUUAAACUUGAAACAAUCAUUAAAUAUUUAAAUUACUAUCACAUUUUUUGGGAGUAUCUUAAACUAGAAUAAAACCUUUUUAUAAUUGCUUUAAUUUAAAUAAUAUCACGUUUAUAAUAAAUAUUACUACCAAUUUUUUGACAUUUUUAAUUUAUUAUAAAUGCAAUAUUAUUUACAAAUAAAAAAAUGUAGCAAAAUGUAUGUUCUCAGUGAUACUAGAACAAUUGUUUCCAAAGUUUUAUUUGAAUUAAAGAUGUAUAUAUUAAAGAAUUCAUUCCAAAAUCUCAUAUAAAGUUCACUUGGACUAAUUUUUAUCUUGUGAAUUUAUCAUUAAAUAUUUUUCAUGGUUAUCUCAGAUAUUUUAAUAUACAUUUAUAAAUUAAUUAUAUUUAUAAGGAGUCAUGUAUAUCUUAUAAUCUGAUACUUAUUAUUUUCAAAGUAUUUUUAUUUAUUAUAUAUCUAAAUGUUAUAAUUAAUUAUUCCAUGCGUCAGAAUAUAAGUCAAAUAAUAUCUAGUAAAUUUAUAUUUCAAAGUUACUUUAUAGUGUAUUAUAUGUUUAUGCACACAAAUUAGUUAUAAUAUAUGAGUAAUUAAUUUAAUUAGCUAAAAACAACUGGCAAGAGGAAAUCAGCAAACAAACAUUAUAAAUACAACUUAAAAUUAAAAGAUCUGAAAUGAAUAAAGAGGGAAAUAAAGAAAAAUACUAUUUCUCCAAAAAAAAAAAAAAAUAUAUAUAUAUAUAUAUAUAAUAAUAUCAAAAGGAGAGCAAAUAUUCUAAGAACAUUGAUACACUUACCUUACAUAUACACAAUAUAUGUAUAGAUUUGUAUAUCUAUAUAAAUAGCUAGAGUCACCCCAAGUCUAGCUAAACUGAAAAGGACAAGAAGCUUUCACAUUACCCGAGCCACACCAUUCAUGGGGCCCUUUUACUCUCUCUAGGAAGUGAUCUUCAAUCUAUCAUCGAGAAAUUCUCUUAAACCACUAUUUUUCCCAACACUUUAAAGUCAUCUAGAGAGAGAACGUGAGAGAAAAUAAGAGAGAUCUCCAACUUGAACUUGAGACACCAUUGAUUUCAUUUUCAGCUUUAUAAAAUAUUUUUGGAGUCAACGAAAAUAUCUAAGAAGAAGCAAACACCAAGAAUAUGUCAACGAGGGCGAGCACUCACCAAGAACCAGCAGAGAACGGAGCUAGUGGUUCAGACAACAACAACAACAACAACUUCAACUCGGCGAUGAGAGAGCCCAUGUUCGAGAAAGUGCUUACACCAAGCGACGUCGGGAAACUAAACCGGCUCGUGAUUCCAAAGCAACAUGCAGAGAAUUACUUCCCGUUAGAGGACAAUCAAACCGGCACGCUGUUGGAUUUCCAAGACAAAAACGGCAAGAUGUGGAGGUUCCGUUACUCGUAUUGGAACAGUAGCCAGAGCUACGUGAUGACCAAAGGAUGGAGCCGUUUUGUCAAAGAGAAGAAACUCAACAACGGAGACACCGUCUCGUUCCACCGUGGCUACGUGCCCAACGACAACGAACCGGAGCAACGAAGGAACAUAUUGUUCAUCGACUGGAGGAAUAGAUCAGACACAAAUCUCUUACACAACAUUAAUCAUCAUCACUACCCGACCUUGGGGCCUCCUCCUUAUCCAACGGCUAGUUAUUAUCCUGUGACAGAAUAUUCCAUGCCGCAUUACGGGAGGUUUCCAUCUUUAUAUCAUAACCAGUUUUUAGGGUAUGGUUAUGGACCUUAUGGUAAAACUGUUACUGGAGGGCGUUACUACGCGGGAUCACCAUUGGAUCAUCAUCAUCGGUGGAAUCUUGGUAGAUCUGAGCCGUUCGUUUAUGACUCCUGUCCUGUUUUUCCAACGACGAGUUUGACUUCGUCCUUGGCGAUGUUGCCGUCUUCUUCUCCUUCUCAGCCGCCGCAGGAGGGGACGGCCAAGAAGCUAAGGCUGUUUGGGUUCGACGUAGAGGAGUCUUCUUCUUCAGGGGAGGCACGUGCCGAAAUGGGUGUUGCUGGGCACUCUUCAUCUUCUCCGGUUGUGAUUAGAGAUAAUGAAUCAUCAUGGAGGUUGCCACGUGGAGAAAUGGGUGGAUUGUCUUCUUCGGUUGUGAACUUAAGCGAUGACGAAAACUAUAAAAGGAAAGGGAAGUCUUUAGAAUUUUAGACAGAUAAUUUCAUUUAUGUUCACCUCCAUUUUCUCUAAUUACCUUUUAUUAUAAAGUUUUGAAAUUGUA